CUUCUUUCUCCUCGAAUUCGAUUUAAUCAGCCAAUUCUCCCGUCACUCUUCCUUUCGAUUCUCCUUUCACGCUUUUUCUCUCUUCCCUCCUUCUCUUUAUUCCUUUAAUUUCUUUCUCGCCAUCAUGUCUGAAACCUUCCAGGAGCUCGCCGAUAUCCCCAAGGACUUUGUCCGCGAAGGAGGACUAUUCAUCCGCAGAUGCACCAAGCCCGACAAGCGCGAAUUCAUCAAGAUCAGCCAGGCCGUCGGAAUGGGCUUCCUUAUCAUGGGUGCCAUUGGCUACUUCAUCAAGUUGAUACACAUUCCCGUCAACAACAUCCUUGUCGGUGGAGCAUGAGAAACCAAAUCGAGUCAAUUUUUGAUACCAAAGCGAAUUCGGGAGUUGAAAUACGCCAGGGGAUAUAAUAUCACGUGUGCAUUGCGCGAAGAGAUUCGACCGAUGUGCUUCAAAAAGAAAUACCAAAAAGCCCCCCC